GCAAGUAUUUUUGGCGACUGACUCGCAACAAGCAUCUGGUGAGCCUUCAGCCAGCUCAGAUCCAUCGUUUCUGGAAGGGACUGCCUCUCAACUUGGAUAGUGUGGAUGCGGUGUAUGAGAGGACCCAUGACCAUAAGAUAGUCUUCUUCAAAGGAGACCGCUAUUGGGUGUUCAAAGACAAUAACGUUGAAGAAGGUUACCCUCGGCCCAUCUCGGAUUUUGGCUUGCCCCUAGGAGGCAUCGAUGCAGCCUUUUCCUGGGCUCAGAAUGACAGGACCUAUUUCUUCAAAGACAAUCUCUACUGGUGCUAUGAUGACCACCAGCAGAGAAUGGAUGCAGGUUAUCCUUUAGAAAGCACGCUGUGGAAAGGCAUUCCCAGCCAGCUGGAUGACGCCACGCACUGGUCAGAUGAGAAAAAGAAAGGCCAGAUGCUGGAUUGA